AUGCCGAGAGAAGAAAACAAAGAAAUUGAAGAGGAAAGGCGAGCCAAAAAUGCUUACGAUUUAAUUCGGAUUCGAUUAAAUAGACUUGAAAAAAAUAUUGUAAUUAAUUCUAAAAACAUUCUUUUUAAUUUUCUUUUUAAAAAGGACAAACCAAUAAUAAUUCCUCAACGGAAAGAUGACCCAAAACCCAAACCUCCCCCAGAAUUUGUUCGAAAUGUUGUUGGUUCUUCAGCAGCGGCGGGGAGUGCAGAAUUUCAUAUUUUUCGAAAUAAUAAAAGAAGAGAACAAGAAAGGUUAGAACAUAUUCAAAAACAAGCUUUAAAAGAAGAUUUGGACAAAGAAUUUGAAGAAAGAAAAAUGGCAAGAAAAGAGGCUGAAGAAUUAAAAACUGCUAGGAAAAGGGAAAAAAGGCAAAGACAAAAAGAGCGUAAAAAGGCUAAAAAAAUUAAAAAAGAUGGAGGAGGAAAGAAUUGUUCUUCGUCUUCAGAAAGCUCUGAUUCAGAAGAAGAAAGUAUUUAUGAGGAAAGGAAUAAAGGAAUUGAAAAAGGUAAUGAAGAAGAAUGA